CGGAAACCAAAUGUUACCUAGUAGCUAAGCUUUCUGCUGUGCAUUGGGCAAACUGAAAUAUAUGAUUUGAGGAACCUUUGGUAGCCGAUGUUGCAGUCCUCUCGGCAGCUCAUCGACCAAAGCCAUUGGUCCGUAUCGAUGCGAGUUUGAAAUGUUUAUCAAGAUGGGAUCCUCCCUCAAUUGAAAGAUGUUCUGGCCAACAUCAUUCAAACCACCAACUCCGUGUCACCAUGGUUUCUUCGAUGUCCAUUCGUCACCUGUUGCUGGCAUUGUUGCCUUGCACCACCGUCUUGGCCGAUUCUUGGCGAGUCGACGGCUUCAACCCGGUCAAGAAACUUGCAGAAGCCAAGCGGUUGCCCGUACGCCGCCAUCUUGAGCGUCGUCAAAACACCGAGAAGUACCAGUACCUCAAUGACAAGACUGAGAAGUACCUUGUGAAUGGCACGUCUAUUCCACUGGUUGACUGGGAUCUGGGCGAAUCAUAUGCUGGCCAAAUCCCGAUCUCGAAAGCAUCGAACGAGACUCGUCAACUCUUCUUCUGGUACUUCCCGAGUACCAAUCCAGAUGCAUCUGAGGAGGUCACCAUUUGGUUGAAUGGAGGCCCGGGAUGCAGUUCUUUCAUCGGACUGGUCCAGGAGAACGGGCCUUUCACCUGGUUCCCUUCGGCUUACCGCCCGGUUUACAACAUUUUCAGCUGGUCUCAACUCUCAAAUGUGCUCUACGUCGAUCAGCCCGCUGGCACUGGCUUCUCAGUCGGUAAGCCCGGAGUCAACACAGAAGAGGAGACCGCCCAGCAGUUCCUUGGCUUCUACCACAACUGGAUGGAGACCUUCGGAACCAAGGGCCGCAAGACUCAUCUUACCGGCGAGAGCUACGCAGGCCACUACAUCCCCUACAUUGGUGACGCCAUGAUCAAGUCCAACCAGUCUGCCGACUACAACCUCUCUGGUGCCCUAAUGUUCAGUCCGUAUAUCAGAUCUGAUCCUGGUGACUUCCAACAGCAUGCGGUCUCCCUGCCCUUCGUCGAGGAGUACAACAACGUUAUGGGUCUGUAUCCCGGUGUAGGGGACUAUUAUGAUCGGAUUAGUGCCGCCGACAAAGAGUGCGGCUACGCCGAUAUGCGCGAGAACUACUUCACCUUCCCUCCCAAGGGUCCCUUCCCGCCCGGGAACAGCAGCGAUGCCUGCGCAAUCUCGUCCAUUGUCUACGAAGGUCUUGCGGAGGUUAGCCCUUGCGCCAAUAUCUACCACAUUUCUCAGGGCUGCCCCAACCCAUCGGAUCCCCUCAGCUGGGCCGCCGAGGGAGACAACGCCUCUGUACCCCUCAGCUUUGACAAGGCGGAUUGGCACUCCUACCUCAACCUUCCCGAGAUGCGCAAGGCCAUCCACAUUCCCACCGGACAGAGAGACUGGAAGAAGUGCUCCGAUGAAAACCCGUUCGGUCCCACUGGCGAUGUCAGUCUUGACCCCUUCGCUUCCGGCGCUCUGACUCGCGUCAUUGAGCACACAAACAACUUCAUCAUUGCCAGUGGCAACCUUGACUUCCGCGUACCCACCAACGGUACUCUCAUGGUGCUUCAAAACAUGACUUGGAAUGGACAGCAAGGCUUCGACGAGUUCCCAUCCAAGACUUUCUUCCUACCUACAGCCUACAGCGAUCUGUCUUCUCAGAGUUCCGCUGGAAAGAUUGGUGAUUGGGUUGCACAGCGUGGCCUCACUUUCGCGCGUGUGUUCAAUGCCGGGCACGAACUCCCCCAAUACGCUCAAGGAGCCGGUUACCGUCUCCUGGAACAGCUUCUCGGCCGUGUUACGGACCUGACCAGCGACCUAAUGUUUACUGCCCUUCCAGGGGACUUCACAGGGUCAAACACAACACAUGGGUCUACUUCCAAUUAGGUGGAAGAAUACAAGUCCGUCUACGCAGCUUUUGGACAUAAUGCUGCCUACAUUAGAAGCCAAACAUAGUCGUAGUGUAUUUGAUUGGGUCACAUGAAUGAAUUCAAUGUUGAUGAAGCUCAAUAUACUAAACACCACCCCCGGAGACAGACGUUUCUACGUAAUGAUUUCCGUGUUCUGAAUCUUCAGGGCUAGUUGAUGGGACCGCUGGUAACACGACAAGAUUUGAACAAUGCACUGUCCUCGGCUACAAAGUAUCGUGUUCGUUGUGGCUAUCUCUCAAUCGCCGGUGUUACCGUAUUUCAGAGAGAAGUACAUGCAGCUAGCCUAUUACCUCUGCAAUGUGGUGUCCAGGCU